UUUUCUCUCCAAACCUCACAUAUUUCUUUAUAUAAAAGAAUUCCACCAUUCCUCGAUUUCUCGAUUCGUAUAUGUCAUUCUUACGUACAGAUCAUGCUGAUCUCUUCUGUAUCGUAACACAUCAACCCUAUUUUCCUUUAUAAAUAACAAAACACACAUCAAAAUCAUUGAUCUCUCUCUCUCAUUUCCCUCUCGUUCAACAAGAAUGGCCUUUCGAUUCAAGAACCAAAACCCUAAACCAUCUUCUAUAUACUCUAGUAGCCCUUUCAACCAAAUCGAAACCCCUCCUUUACUCUCGUUACUCCAAUGUACCACGAAUCAUUCAACAACAACAACAACAACGACGACGACGAUUAGUCCUUCUAACACCAACCCUAAAAAAUCAAGAAAAUCAUCUACUAGUACAAGUGGUGGCAUUCUUAAAAUGUUCAAACUCCUUCCUAUGUUAACAACAGGUUGCAAAAUGGUUGCAUUACUAGGUGGACGUCCAAGAAACAAACCAAUGUUAACAGAUAAAGCCACAACCAUCACAUUAUUUGGUUACAAAAAAGGUAGAGUAAGUCUAGCAAUACAAGAAGAUCCUCAUAGACCUCCUAUUUUCGUCAUCGAGCUACCGAUGCUUACCGGGGUUUUUCAUAAGGAAAUGGGAUCAGAUAUAGUAAGAUUGGCAUUAGAAAGUGAAACUAAAACACAUAAAAAGAAAGUGUUGGAGGAAUUUGUAUGGGGUGUGUAUUGUAAUGGAAGAAAAUUUGGUUAUUCAAUAAGAAGGAAUAAUAAAAAUAUGAGUGAUGAUGAAGCACAUGUUAUGCAAUUAUUAAGAGGUGUUUCGAUGGGCGCGGGAGUUUUACCUUGUCCAAUAUUAUUACAUGAUAAUAAUAAUAAUAAUAAUAAUGUUGAUGGUGAAAUAACUUAUAUGAGGGCAAGAUUUGAUAGAGUUGUUGGAUCAAAAGAUUCAGAAGCAUUUUAUAUGAUUAAUCCUGAUGGUGCAUCUAGUCAAGAAUUGAGUAUUUUCUUUGUUAGACUUCAUUGAUCAAGACGUCUCGAGUUUGCGUACGUACUUCAGAAAAAUAACUUAUGUCUGGUAUACAUGUAAGAAUUUUCUUAUAUCGGUGUUCUCAAUUGGUGAUUUGAUUUUUUUUAUAUAUAUAUACUUCUGAAGUUGAGUCAGACUCAAUAAUGUUUAUUUCUUCGUAUGAUAUCAGAGUUAGACCCAUUGAUGACUUAUGUUGUCUAUGAUACGUACGAGGAUGUCAGAAUUUCGUUUUCAAUGGGCGGUUUGAUUAUCCCCUUUAAUGGUCCAGGACGAUCUUCACUUAAAUUCAGAGUUAGCUUUUGAAGUUAAAUUAUGUAAAUAUUUUUUUUACAUAUCUGAUACGAGUCUAAAUUAAACGAAAGUUGAGAUAAAAACAUAAAGGGAAAGGUAAAUAUUUUCCCUUCAUUU